GGAGCGCCUCCCACCCAGCGACGCACCGUGUUCCUGUGUGUUGAUGCCGUCCAUCCUACUGUCCAUCCGCGAAAGCAAAUUCAAACCAACUUUUUGACCAAAAAAAACCACCCCAAACAUGGCUUACACGACUGCGGGUGGGACUAAGAAGAAGGUGUGCUACUACUAUGACGGUGACAUGGGAAAUUAUUACUAUGGACAAGGGCAUCCCAUGAAACCACAUCGUAUCCGGAUGACUCACAACCUGCUUCUGAACUAUGGACUGUACAGGAAAAUGGAGAUCUAUAGACCACACAAAGCCACAGCAGAAGAGAUGACAAAAUAUCACAGCGAUGACUACAUCAAGUUCCUCAAAUCCAUACGGCCAGACAACAUGUCCGAGUUCAGCAAGCAGAUGCAGCGGUUCAACGUUGGAGAGGACUGUCCUGUGUUCGAUGGCUUGUUUGAGUUCUGCCAACUCUCCGCUGGUGGCUCUGCUGCUGGCUCAGUGAAACUAAACCGACAGCAGACUGACAUCGCCGUGAACUGGGCUGGAGGACUUCACCACGCUAAGAAGUCGGAAGCGUCUGGAUUCUGCUACGUUAAUGACAUCGUGCUGGCCAUCUUGGAGCUGCUCAAGUACCACCAGAGGGUGCUGUACAUUGAUAUAGACAUCCACCAUGGGGACGGAGUAGAGGAGGCCUUCUUCACCACAGACAGGGUCAUGACCGUAUCCUUCCAUAAAUACGGGGAGUACUUCCCUGGAACCGGAGACCUCCGGGAUAUUGGAGCUGGAAAAGGCAAAUAUUACGCUGUUAACUUCCCCCUGCGUGAUGGCAUUGAUGAUGAGUCAUACCAAAAAAUCUUCAAGCCUGUGAUGGCCAAGGUGAUGGAGAUGUACCAGCCCAGUGCUGUGGUUCUUCAGUGCGGUGCAGACUCUCUCUCAGGAGACCGCCUCGGCUGCUUUAACCUCACCAUACGCGGCCAUGCCAAGUGUGUGGAGUACAUCAAGUCCUUCAACCUCCCGAUGCUCAUGCUGGGCGGAGGAGGAUACACCAUCCGCAACGUGGCUCGCUGCUGGACCUACGAGACCGCUGUAGCUCUGGACACAGACAUCCCCGACGAACUGCCAUACAAUGACUACUUUGAGUACUUUGGGCCUGACUUCAAGCUGCACAUCAGCCCCUCCAACAUGACCAACCAGAACACACAGGAGUACAUGGACAAGAUCAAGCAGCGACUGUUUGAGAACCUGCGGAUGCUGCCUCAUGCUCCUGGAGUGCAGAUGCAGGCCAUCCCGGAGGACGCAAUCCCGGACGACACCGUGGACGAGGACACGGAGGAUCCUGACAAACGCUUGUCCAUUCGUGCCACGGACAAGAGGAUAGCCUGUGAUGAAGAGUUCUCCGACUCUGAGGACGAGGGGGAGGGAGGCAGGAAGAACGUGGCCAAUCACAAGAAGGGUGCAAAAAGGCCCCGAGUGGACGAAGACAAGAAGGAAGGAGAGGAGAAGAAGACCGAGAUAAAAGAGGAAGAGAAAACAAAGGACAUCGGCGCUGAGAAGACUGAGUCUAAAAGCAGUGUGAAGACUGAGCAGACCAGCAGUGCCUGAAUUCUUCUUCUUCUACUUCCACAAACACACACAAAACUCAACGGUGCUGUCCCCCCCCCCCCCCCAAGGAUCCAACUCUUCACUGAAUCACUGUCGGAAGCAUUAUAUUUAUUAUGACUCUAUUUUCUACUUGUAAAUCUCUUGUGAAUCGUCCCUCCUUGUGCAGCGUAUCAGUGGAUUCCUUGAAUCCAACAUGCUAAUUAUGUCCUUUGAUACCCUGAACCGUGUUAUUCCAAUGUGCUUUAUCUUCUGAAGGAAACCUUGACUUAACUUGUGUGUAGGAAACUGUGGGUGAACCUGUAGAUGAACCUAGAAAGAGUUCAUGUUUAAAUUUCAAUAUUUUGUAUUCGUCAAUAAAACGUUUAUACUGUUUC